AUAUAUAUAAUUUAAAAGUUUCAAAAAUUUUAUGUGCAAAAGAUGAUCUAUUAUUAAAAGAACUUCAAGAGAAUUAUUCAAAAGAAAUUCAAUUAAAUAAAAAUUUAAUGAUGAAAAACAAAGAAAAUGUUGCCAAAUUAGAUCAAUUUCCAGAUGAGUUAAAAGAUCAUUUAAUUUUUGUAGAAGCUUCUCCUC